CAGCUGUUCUUGGACUGCAAUUACAUGUAAAUGAAGCUGAAAAACAUCUGGCAGCACUGUUUGUUUGCUAUCGCUUUUCUUAAGUGAAAAAUAGGUUUUAGAUAAAUGCAUCCAAAUUUAAAUAGACAAAUGAGAGAAAAGAAGCAAUUACCCUUUUAGAGAUUGAAAUAUCGCAUAAAAACUCGUGCAGGCGAAAUUUCUCGUGGAGGAGACACGUUGUUAUUGGCCUCCAAUGCAAGUCAAUGGACGGCCCAGAAGAGCUGCCACCUGCGGCGCCGUCUCCAAAGCCCCGCAAACGUCUGAAGCAACAUUCCAACAAGAAUAACGCGCCGAACGGUGAGGAAAAUGAGACUGUGAAACUGUUGGAGGAAAUGGGUAUGGAGGACGCUGAAGUGGACGGUGUUUCGCCAGCAUCGAAGCAGUAUCGGCGCAGUGCGCGUAAAAAAACUAUAAAAUUCGAUGUGCGCGAUUUGCUCAAGAAAAAUCGCAAAAACCACAAAACACAAAUUAUUGAUGCAAUAUCAAAAACAGCCAACAAUUGUCCAGUAGAAUCGGUCGAUAAACAUGCAAUAACAACUGCUGGUAUCGAUGCGAUUAAUGAAUUGAAAUCGAUAACAUCUAACAAUCUUCCAAUUAGGGCGAUCGAUGAACAUUCAAUUGAUCAAUUCUUAAUCGAGCUUCAGAGUGUGGGCAAGAAAGGUCAAUCCCUUCCACGCAAUGUAAAAGCCGGCAAGCAGCCGCGGGUGCGGCUCAAGGAUGUAGCACUCAGUGACAUUGGCAAGGCGGCAACGGCACGUUACAACAGCAAUAAUGUGGACUCGGAAACGAAUUCGACGACAAGCUUCUUAGCGGAGGAUGCAGGAAAGACUUCAUGUUGCGAGCCCAGGCGAAAGCUGCGCGUAUUAAUCAAACGCAUGACGUUUCCUCUAAGCGAGGGAUGCAACGAAAAGCCACAAUGGCAGAAGGCCAUGGUGGCACAGCAAAAGAAUAAAAAGGAGGAUGACAGGAAGGAGUCAAUUGAAUUGGAUAAUAAGUUAAACAAACCGAAAAUACAGCCAGAGACUGAUGCUAAUAUUGAUAGUGUUAAGACUAAGACUGAAAUGACAGUAGAUAGUAACGACGAUUCCAGUUCACGGGAACACCAACUAGCAGAGGAGCAAGCAACAGAAGCAAAGACAGUAGAGGCUGAACAAAUCCUAACCAAAAAUGACAAGCAACAGUUGGUGAUACAACAAAUGAAGUAUGAGGAUAAACACUUAACAAAAAGACGUAGCAAACGCUUCAAUUUCGACAACUUGGACAAGAAGCUGACACUGGAGGAGACCUUUGCCCAGAUUGCGGCAAAGAGUACGCAAAGUAUUCAAAAGACUGAGCUACAGAAUUCAACGCUUCAAAAAAGCCACAACAAUGAUCUCUCGAUAAACUUGACUAAUAAUGAAGAUGAUGAUGAUAGUAAUAAGAACGAAGUGUCUGAGCGAACGAUUCAAUGGGACAAUGUACAGGACGACAAUAAGGAAAGUGCAGAGCAUGUAAUUGAAAUGACAACAACAUUACCUAAAGUUCCAAAGCCCAAUGAUGAGGAGGAGAAAGUGUGCCAGGAGGUGAAUGCGAUUGAGAUAGAGAUAGAGGCAAAGUGCACCGCAGCACUGGAGCUGAUAAAAAAUGCUGAUGUUCCUAUCACUUCAGCUCCUUGCAUUCCAGCGUUGGAGGCAGAAGAUGAUGCUCAGCAAGCAGCAAAUGAUGCUCAGCAAGCAGCAAAUGAUGCUCAGCAAGCAGCAGAUGAUGCUCAGCAAGCAGCAGAUGAUGCUCAGCAAGCAGCAGAUGAUGCUCAGCAAGCAGCAGAUGAUUCUCUCCAAGCAGCAGAUGAUUCUCAGCAAGCAGCAGAUGAUUUUCGGCAAGCAGCAGAUUAUACUCAGCAAGCAGCAGAUAACUCUCAGCAGGCAGCAGAAGAUUCUCAUCAAGCAACAGAUGAUUCUCUCCAAGCAGUAGAUGAUUCUCGGCAAGCAGCAGAUGAUUUUCAGCAAGUAAGAAGUGAUUCUCAGCAAACAGUAGAUGAUUCUCGGCAAGCAGCAGAUGAUUCUCGGCAAGCAGCAGAUUAUACUCAGCAAGCAGCAGAUGAUACUCAUCAAGUAGCAGAUGAUUCUCUCCAAGCAACAUAUGAAUAUUCAACACAAGAGCUGCGGACUACAAUUACCGUUGCCACAGAGGAGUUGCCGACGGUAGAGGCUACACUAAUUAAACUGGAGCCAGCUGAGACUAUUCUCACUGGUCUCCAUUUAAAAGAGGAAGAUGCCAGUCAAAAACCAGACAAGACGAAGAACAAUAUAGAUUUCAAAAAUACAGAAGAACCAGAUAGCAUCAAAACUAAAUCCGACAAUCAAAAUAGCUGCAUAACAACGCCGACUCCUCCAGAGACGCCCACGCAGUUGCACAGCAAAUGCAAGGGCAGCAAGGUGAGGCGUUCAAAGGCACACCGGAAAUGCAUAAGAGCAGAGAAAGAUGAGAGAAUCGGUGAUGAGACGCUGUCGGAGUCGGAGGCUAAUACCGGACUGCCCACGCCCACAACCGAGCUGGAUGCCGAGGAAUCAUCGAAGUUUGUGAAGCAGGAGAAAACAAAUGAGCUUGCGCAGCAUGUGGCCAACAUAGAGACGCCCGCCACAACACCAAUCAAUUCGCCGCAGGACAAUGACUCGCUGACCGACAGCUCAUUGGCGACAGGUGCUGUGCGACGCUCGCAUCGCAUCAAGCGCAAGAAACCAACGGUGCCGACUGUGCGCUUGAGCGGGGAAUCCUGUGAAGCGGCGCCAGCACUUAGCAUGGCCGAACAGCUGGCGCAGCUGGCGGAGAUGGAUGUCGUCAAUGCGAAGUUUAUGCGUGACGAGGGCUUGAGCACAUUUCAGUUGCUGCGCGACAAUUACUAUCGAUGUGCCCGGCAGGUGAGCGAGGAGAAUGCGGAGAUGCAAUGCGAUUGCGAGGAUGCGCUGCUGGAUGAUCAUCAAUGCUGUGGCAAUGGAUGCAUAAAUCGCAUGCUUAUGAUCGAGUGUGGACCACUCUGCUCUAAUGGACGUCGCUGUACCAACAAACGCUUUCAGCUCCAUCAAUGCUGGCCAUGUCGUGUCUUUCGCACCGAGAAAAAGGGUUGCGGCAUCACGGCGGAAUUGACCAUACCGCCCGGUGAAUUCAUCAUGGAGUAUGUGGGCGAGGUGAUCGAUAGCGAGGAGUUUGAGCGACGGCAGCAUUCGUAUUCGCUGGAUCGCAAUCGACAUUAUUACUUUAUGGCGCUCCGUGGCGAGGCGAUUAUCGAUGCCACCGCUAAGGGGAAUAUAUCGCGUUACAUUAAUCACAGCUGCGAUCCGAAUGCGGAGACCCAAAAGUGGACGGUGAAUGGUGAGCUGCGCAUUGGCUUCUUUAGCGUGAAACGAAUUGAGUCGGGCGAAGAGAUCACCUUUGAUUAUCAGUAUCAACGCUAUGGACGCGAUGCACAGCGCUGUUACUGUGAGGCGGACAAUUGUCGUGGCUGGAUUGGUGGCGAACCCGACACUGAGGCUGAUGAGGGCGAGCAGCUGGUCGAGGACGAGGAGCCAGAGCAGGAAGAUGAAGAGGAGCAGGAGCAGGAGAGCGACAGUGUCGAGGAUAGGGAGAUAGACAAAGUGGCCCACAAAUCAAAGUUGCUGCUGCUUUCCAAGAACAACAGCAGCAACAAGUUACGCACGAAGCCAACGAAGCAAUUGCGCAAGUCGCGCAUCAAGCCGAAGGAUCGCGAAUACAAGGCCGGUCGCUGGCUGCGUCCGACGACUGCUGUUGCCAUCGCAGCGAAGCAGCGAAAUGCCGAAGAUCCCGAUGUGCUCGAGCAGCUGUCGCUGUUGCGUCGCAGCGGCCUCAAGAACCAAGCGGACACUUUGCGCUUCUCGCGUUGCAUGGUGCGUGCCAAGCUGCAGACGACGCGCCUCCAACUGCUGCAGCUGCUCGCUGGCGGCGAGCUACCAUGUCGUCGUCUCUUCCUCGACUACCACGGCCUGCGUUUGCUGUACGCCUGGAUCAGCGACAGUCAGCAUGGUCACGAUGCUCAGCUGCGUACAGCGCUGCUCGUUGCCCUCGAUGCAUUGCCCAUUUCCAAUCGCACCAUGUUGAAUGACAGUCGUGUCUAUCAGAGCGUGCAGUCGUGGAACAGCGAUGAUGGGGGUGACACUGUUGCCAGCCAGCUCCUGGUCAAGUGGAGCGCUUUGCCAGAAGUCUUUCGCAUACCGAAACGCGAACGUAUCGAGCAGAUGAAGGAGCAUGAGCGUGCUGCCGAUGGCCAUGUGACCACAGCGCUGGAGGAUUCGCAUAGCAACAGCGCCGGCGCCUGUGCCACGUUCAGCAGUGAUCCCUAUCGUCAGGAUCGCUUUCGUCGUGACCAACAGCCCAACAGCAGUCGCUACGAUAAGCAGGCUAAGCCGUCGCCACGUCUCAGCAGCAAUUCCAAUUCAAGCAAUGGCAUGAUCGAGGGUAACAACUUGGCUAAAUCGGAGGCCAGACGUCGCUGCGACCCAAGAAACAACUGCACCAUGUCCAAGGAGCUGCGACGUUCACUCUUUGAACGCAAGGUGGCGAAAGAUGAGGCGCAAAAGCGGGAAUUCAAGGACGAGCGCCGUGAACAUGAGAUGCGUUGCGAAUUCUUUGGUGCCGAUCUCAACACAGAGCCCAAACAGUUGCCAUUCUAUCAGAACAUCGAGACCAGGCAGUGGUACAAUAGCUACGACGAACCGGUAGCCACACCAAAACGCCUCGGAGAUGCCGUCAACAGUGAGGAUGAGGUGCUAGCAGGGGCAAACAAUUCGUCUACGAUGGAAUACAGACUGCCGCCUGAAGUGGAGCCACUGCCGCUGUCUUGGACGUGGAGUAUGACCCCCGAUGGGAGCAUCUACUACUAUCAUCUGCGGGAUCGUGUACCUCAAUGGGAGCCACCAAAUGCCGAGCAGCGCAAACAAAGGCUGGUCGAGGAUGACGAGCUGCCGUCGACGACGACGACAACAAUAAACAAUAAGUCGAGCGUGAAUCAGGAGAGUGUGAAUGAUCACGAUGAUUUAGUCGCUAUUGAUGACAAGCUUGUGAGCAACAUGAAUGAACAGCAGCUGGCCAAUUAUAUCGAUGUAAAAACCAAGGAGCGCCAUCAAAUGCGCCUUGAGCGUCUCGUCAGCGUGCGCACGAUCAGCCCGGUGCCUGAGGUGGAACGUGUGCAUAGUCAGCCGGAGGCACACAAGUAUAAGGAGAACAAGGAGAUUAUACGACGUCACAAGGAAGACUAUCACAAUGCCGUAGACAAUCAGCAGCAAUUCAAUAGCAAUAGAUAUGAGAAAGUCAGUGGCAAUUUGAAACCUCCGCAACUGACGCUGAAUCCUCCCAUUUCCAGCAGCAACGGCUUAAAGGAGUUGCCGGCAAAUGAGCAGCUCAAACUAAUCCCUCACCUGAGCCUUGCCGAGUCGAGUCCCAGCUGCAGCAAAACUCUAACGCUGAGCACCAUCAGUAAGCUUCCCAUGCCUCCGCUUCCACAAGCCUGCUACGACCACGAUGGCAGCAUGAAGCGCAAGUUGCCCGAGAGCCAGCCAAAGCAUUGCGAUCGCGAUCGCGAAAAGAAACGCAGAGAGCCACUGAGCAGCACCGCCAGUGGACGCGAGGCGUGUGAAAAGUUUCGCUCUACGAUCAGCGGUCUGGUAGCCGAGUAUCUCCGCCCCUUUCGCAAAGAAAGCUGCCAACUGGGACGCAUCACCAGUGACGACGACUACAAAUAUCUCAUCAAACGCCUAAGCCAACAUAUAACCACCAAAGAGAUGCGCUGCUGCGACAGCACCGGGAAUCCGAUGAUAUACUCGGAUUCAGUUAAGUACAAGUCCUACGAAUUUAUUAAGCAAUACAUGCGCCAAAAGGGGCGCAUUUACGAGAGGCCAGAGACUGAGCUAGACUAUUAAUUGCCAGCCUAAUAGUCUAGUAGUAAUCGAGUCUCAACACUGAACAUACUACGAGGACAGAUCAACAGCAGUAUAGUAUACAG